CGUCAGUUCCGCUCGGUACGCGAUUGAGGAAGUUUGGAAAGUGUACGCCUUCUCCAAUCGCACAGACUUCGACAUUGAUAACUUCAAUUUUGUUUAGGCUAAUGACUUGAACAUCGGCCAAUCGAAAGCUUUAAAUGAGAGAGAAGCAAAACAUCUUGUUGACGGAUGCACCCGUCCAACAAUAAUCGGAGGAAAUUUGUAAGAAACCGAACAAGUGAUUAGUUUCGAGGUGCCUUCACGUCAAAGUGCUAAUUUGUUAAUCAACAGAAAUUCAUCAAACUGUUGGAACAAACUAGGAAAUGCAAGACGAAGUGCAGCACAAUUUCACUCAUAUCAUUCCCGAGCGUUUGGAAUCUUUGGAAUGUAAAACUGGAUUUUCCAGACAUGUAAUCCGUAGAUUCUACAGAGCUUUCAAACAACACUGUCCUGGAGGUGCGGUGACUACAAACAAUCUCAGGCCAGUUUACGCUAAAUUAUUUCCACUGGGGGACUCAAGAAAAUAUGCACAGAUUGUUUUUAAUACCUUCGAUGAGGAUAAGGAUGGAUUAAUCACAUUUGGUGAUUUGCUCAGUGGAAUAGCAUCUAUAGUUAAAGGAGAUACUGAUAAAAAACUAUCUUGGAUUUUUGGGUUGUACGAUUUGAAUGGCGACGGGCACAUAACACGACAUGAGAUGUUGGCUAUCGUAUCUGCGAUUUACGAAAUGGUGGAAGACACCCGCUCGAUUGAGCGUGCAGUUCAUAGACAUGUGAAUCGAAUCUUCGAAAAGAUGGACCUCGACAGAGAUGGAAUCAUAUCCAAGGAGGAGUUCAUAACCAGCUGUAAAAACGAUCAAUUAUUCUGUAAUCAACUAACAAUAUUUGACGACUUAUGGUGGUAACCGUAGAAAAUUCAAUUAAUGCUACUCGUUUAGAAUAACUUUCAACAGUGUAUAUUC